AACUAGUAGAUUAAAUUUUUUAUUUAUGAUCAUUUAAACAUUAUUAUAAAGGAGUAUAAAAGGUAACUAAUUGGAGAAAAGUAUAUGGAAGGUGUAUGAGGAGUUAAUGUCCAGAACAGUCAACAAACGGAUGAGAAGGCAGACUGUGUCUGGAAAGGGUGGAGAUUUCCUUGUGUGUUAAACACACACAUUCACACUUUACAUUGCACUAUGACACGGUUCCUAAUGUCUUGCACUCUCUCACGUACCCAUACUGUACUUACAUCUGUCUUCACCCACACUAAUAAGGAAGCUUUCCGUUUCUUACACUUUACUUGCUUUAUCUCAUGACUAUCCAGCUCCACACUUCUGUACGUUGCAAAAUGUGAUUCAUGGACAUUGCGGACAGCUACAGACCAGCUGGUUGAGUGCAACUGCCACCAGCUGUAUUACAGGCCACAUGGUAAGAUUUUUUGGCAAUCCAUGACUCAUUUGAUGUUACUAUGACACCUGUCACUCACCCUGCACCUGCUCAUGGACCCACCAGAAGGGUGACUGCAUCUGACCGCCUAGAAGCCGAUAAAGCAAAAUAUGUGAAAUCUCCACAGGUGAUACAUCGCAGACAAAACCCAGUCAUUAAUGCUAACUUUACACCAUCUUUAUCAAGGAAAUUGAGCACAUCACCUUGUAGUUCCCAUUCACAAACUGAACACUUGUUUACAAGACACUUUGACCAUGUUACGCAUCACAAUGAUGAGACAGAUUACUGUUCUUAUCAAAGUCAUGCUGCCAUAUCCAGCCCUUUUUCACCAAAUCAAAGAUCUGAACCAAAAACUGCCUUCUCCCCUCGCAGUAGCCUGUCCCCUGGUAUGCUAAGAAGGAAACCAAAUCUUAGUCAAAGUGAAAUGAAGAAAGGCCAGUCACUGACUCCUAACAACAAGUAUCCAAAAUCACAGGGUUUCCUGACAUGUCAACAUGGAAGUGACCCUCCACCAGCCACUGGAAACCCAACAACAAAUCCACACUGUUUACGGCGGUUGAGUGGUAGAAGACUUAACCGACCUGAUUCUCUUAUUAUUUAUAGACAAAGACGAGAUGUGGCAUUAACUAGCAAGGAAAACAAUAAUGAGGCAGGACUGGUGAUUCGUCUUCUACAAGGGACACCACUAUUGAGAAGAAGUGCACGGUUUUCUCAGGAUGCUCCUCAGGCCUGCAAUCAAGAGGUACCAGUUUCACCUAGGUUACAGCAAAGAAAAGAGGUGACCGGUAUGUGCCAGACAACUGGCUACAGUUCCUCUAACAAGGAAGAAGUUUCAUUCAAUGAGCAGUUGACUCUUUCUUCCUCUGAUGUACAACAUUUUUUUGAAAGCUGUGGACUUGAGGGCAGUUUGUUAAACUUACUUAAGAACUACCAAAGGGGCGAGGACACACCUAUGGGUAGCCUGGAAUCUAUGGACAGAGUAAGUUGUGGUAUCACUGUUGCUGGAGAAGAGAAAGAGGAAAAGGAUCCAGUGUCUAUAAUUGAGCGGAAUGCCCGUGUUAUAAAGUGGAUCUACAGCUGUCAUCGAGCACGAACCAUUAGUGGGCACGGAGACAAGCAGGUGUCACGGGAAUCUACUGUAUGACGAAUUUCAUAUUGCAAUUCAACUCACAAGUCAUGGAAAGUUUAUGCAGGUCUUCACUGUCAUACAAAGAAACUGAUUACAUUUCUACAUCAUACUGAUUUUUCCAUCACGUGUUUUCUACUUUAAAAUAACUGUAAAA